CGCACCCUCACCCUCCCCGUCGGCCAGGCCAUGUUCCUCUACCGCACCAAGGGCAACCUCCCUCACGACUCGAUCGCCAUCCCGCGCAUCAACACGUCGGCGCGCAUCAUCCCCAUGCCCUCGCCCGUCGCCCUCAUCGAGAAGGAGCCUCGGGACCCGUCGAGCGCCUCCCCGGUCCCCGACCGCCUCGAAUGGCCCGACUUCCACGCGGGCGUCGCCGCCGCCCUGCAGCUCCGGGUCGACCCGCUCGACAGCGCCAACCUCGAGGGCGUAGCAGGUCUCGACAGCUCGCAGAUCUCGUUCAACCGGCCGGCGGGCGACCUCGACGGCCGUCAUGCCGGGCUCCUUAUGGGCCUCGGGCUCACGGGCCAGCUCGGCGCCAUGCACUCGAGCCAGGCGUACGAGUACCUCAAGGCCAAGCACGACCCGACGUCGGUCGGCGUCCUCCUCGGCCUCGCCGUGUCGUACCUCGGCACGAGCGACCCGACCGUCACGUCGGUCGUCUCGAUCCACCUCACGGCGCUGCACCCGCCGAGAUCGUCGUCGCUCAACGUGUCGGGCAUGACCAAGUCGGCGGCGGCCGUCGCGCUCGGGCUCCUCCACUUCGGCACGGGCCGCAGGAGCUACGCCGACAUCCUCCUGCGCGAGAUGUGCGGCAUGACGGUCACGGCGGUCGAGGACGGUACGCUGUGCCGCGAGGCGUACGCGCUCUCGUGCGGGUUCGCGUUCGGCAUCAUCAUGCUCGGGCGAGGGCGCGACCAGUCGUCGGCGGCCAAGGAGGGCGAGCGCCUGCGCACGUUCCGCGCCCUCAUUCUCGACGAGGGCAACCACCGCCUGCCCGGCCUGUCCCACGCCAGGUCGGCCCCCGACAUCAACAUCACGUCGCCGGCCGCCACCGUCGCCGUCGCCCUCACGUACCUGCGCUCGGAGCGCAAGGACGUCGCCGACAUCCUCGAGAUCCCCGACUCGCUCCGCACCCUCGACUACGUCCGCCCCGACCUCCUCCUCCUCCGCACGCUAGCCCGCAACCUCGUCCUGUGGAAGGGCGUCGCCAAGUCGAAGGAGUGGGUCGAGAACCAGGUGCCGGCGUUCCUCGCGACCGCGCUCGCGCAGGCGGGCAAGACGGCCGACCCGGACCUCGAGAUCGCUCGGUGGAGCAUCGUCGCCGGCGCCUGUUUCGCCAUCGGGUUCAAGUACGCCGGCACGGCCGCCGCCGAGGCGCACGCCACCCUCAUCUUCUUCCUCGACCGCCUCACUCGCACGUCCUUCCUCAAGUCGGCGACGGUCCAGGGCAAGAUCAAGCGGCACGCUCUGCGCAGCUCGCUCGGCGUCGUCGCCGUCGCGCUCUCGAUGGUCAUGGCCGGCACAGGCGAGCUCAACGUCUUGCGGCGGCUUCGCGUCGCGCACGGCAUGUUCAGCGAGGGCGUCACGUACGGCUCGCACCUCGCGACGCACAUGGCGCUCGGCCUCCUCUUCCUCGGCCAGGGCAAGCACACGCUCGGCAACUCGGACGCCGCCAUCGCCGCGCUCCUCCUCGCCCUGUACCCGGCCUUCCCGUCGAGCCCGACCGAGAACCGAGCACACCUGCAGGCGUACCGCCACCUGUGGGUCCUCGCCGUCGAGCCGAGGUACCUCGAAGCUCGCGACGUCGAAACGGGCGAGCCCGUCUUCCUGCCGAUCCGCCUGCGCCUCGCCGCCACACCCGACGACGCCGCACCUGUACCGCCAUCGACGGCGGCCAAGACCGACGCCCAGGCCAAGCAGCUCGUCGCCCCAACCCUCUUGCCCAACCUCGCCCUCAUCGAGACGAUCCAGGUCGACUCGCCGCGGUACUGGCCCUUUGCCCUG